AUGACAUACUGGUCACAUUUCCAACACGAGGAUGGUGACGAAGACCUGUGUGCCCAAUUUGAGAAUACGCUGAGGCCUGAGAUUCGGGCAGUAGUCAAUGUGUUCCAACUAACGAACCUACCAACUUUAGUGAAGACAAGACCGAAGACCUCCAAGGUUCUAGAGGGGGCAUACUCUAGCGCUAGUCAGUCUCAAGCAAGUAGGACUAUGUCUCGUGAAAGGAAACAACAGUGGUUUCACCCUUUCAAGAGGGCCAAUCAGAUGUUUUUGCUGCGGAAGACCUCACAUUGUGAAGAAUUGCCCACAACCACCGUCAACAUUGGGGCAAAAUUGAAUGUGCAAGACGAAGUAUUUGCCAUGAAUGAGUUAGAGGCAUCCAAGUCAGACGAUCUAAUCAGAGGUAAAUGCAUCAUUAAAUAUAGACUCCUUGCUAUAUUGUUCAAUUUUGGUGCUACACAUUCUUUCAUUUCUGUGAAUUGUGUGGGUUGCCUUGGGUUGCCUGUAUCUCUCCUACCAUAUGAUCUUACUGUAUCUACCCCAAUAGCUAAGCCUGUUGUGACCUCUUCUGUGUGCUUAAGUUGUUCUGUAAUGGUUCAUGGUAGCGAUUUCAGUAUAGAUUUGAUUUGUUUAUCGUUUUCUCAACUUGAUGUUAUUUUGCGAAUGAAUUGGUUGUCAUCCAAUCAUAUCCUCUUAGAUUACAAAGAGAAAGCUUUGAUUUUUGGUGCUGGUAUACUAGAAAACUACGUCAAUCAACUCCAAGAUGUUACACAAGCUACUGACACAAAAGUCACAGCUGAUUUAGGUGAUCGUUAUCUCGGAUCAGACGAUGAUCUUGAUUCUGAAGACCUAGCAAAGAUUAAAAGCUGGCAUGAGAAUGAAUAG